GCUGCUGCAACCAUGCUCGCAACUUGCACGAAUUCGCCCCAAAAAACGCUGGACUGUGAUGACCUCACAUCCUGUUGAUCCACUUCCUUGUGAAUGGUGUGGUGUGGGACAGUCCGGUCCGUCCUGAGCGCACAUUUGUGCGGGACGCACGCAGGAGCCGCAGGAGCCGCAGGAGCCGCAGCGACCGCCGCGCCGAGGCCGUCCUAACGAGCGAGCCGCCCCGCAGGUACAGUAUGCAGCUCCGCGCUGCCUGAGACGCGAGGAAACACGCUCCGUUGCUGCACAUGCAAAAUGAGUUCCAGAGAAGAUCAUCAGGUGAAGCUCAUCAACCAGGGCCUGGAGGAUGAGAUGGAGGUGUGUGGGUACCGGCCCUGUCUGUGGAAGAUGGUCCUGGUGGGUGUGGGGGCCGUCUGCUCGGGGGGGCUCCUGCUGCUGCUGCUCUACUGGCUGCCUGAGUGGGGCGUCAAAGGCACGUGCACGCGCACCUCACUGAGGGAUGCGCACACGCUUCUGCUGAGGACGACGGAUGAGUUCAGGCAGUGGUUUCGAGCCAGAGUGCACGUGAUGUCGUCUCCGGGGGAGAAACCCUUCGAUGAUUUGGACCUGCAUCCUAAAACUCUGCCAAAUGCAGACGGAGACCUCAAUCUCCGUUCUCAACCCGAAGAGCAUCAGGGAAUGUUUCUCCCGAGUCAUCAUGUUCAGAUACACUACUUCAUUCACCACAGCACAAGAUACUACUGGAGUGAUGUGAAACACAACUUUGAAUUAUAUCAAGGCCUGGAGGAUGUGAAGGUGAGCUGUGCGUGCGUCCACUCCGACCACAGCUCUGGACUCUCUAAAACACUGCAGGACUACAGGAGGUUGUUUUUCGGGGAAAAUGAGAUCGCUGUGAAAGUGCCUUCUCUAUUCAAGCUUCUCAUAAAAGAGGUCCUGAACCCCUUUUACAUCUUCCAGCUGUUCAGUGUUGUUCUGUGGAGCAUCGAAAACUACUACUACUAUGCCACAGCCAUAGUGUUCAUGUCUGUCAUUUCCAUAGCUACCUCACUGUAUACUAUUAAAAAGCAAUACGUGAUGCUGCACGACAUGGUGGCGACCCACAGCGUGGUCCGUGUUUCAGUGUGCAGAGGAAACAAAGAUAUUGACCAGGCCAUGUCGACAGACCUUGUGCCAGGUGAUGUCAUUGUCAUUCCAACAAAUGGGAUGAUAAUGCCCUGCGAUGCCAUCAUCUUCCAAGGAACCUGUGUUGUGAAUGAGAGCAUGCUGACCGGUGAGAGCGUCCCCGUUACCAAAACCAGUCUUCCCAGUUCAGGUGAAGAGGCGGCUCGUACCUACAACCUGGAGGAACACAAGAGGCACACCCUCUUCUGCGGUACUCACGUCAUCCAGACCCGCUUCUACGCCGGGGACCUGGUGAAGGCGGUCGUGGUCAGAACAGGCUUCAGUACAGAGAAAGGCCAACUUGUGCGCUCCAUCCUCUACCCGAAACCCACGGACUUCAAGCUGUAUCGCGACGCGUACCUGUUCCUGUUGUGCCUGGUCGGGGUGGCAGGGAUCGGCUUCAUCUACACCAUCGUCCUCAGCAUCAUGAGCAAGGUUCCAGCUAAAACCAUCAUAAUUGAAUCUCUGGACAUCAUCACAAUUACUGUUCCUCCAGCCUUACCGGCAGCCAUGACCGCCGGCAUCGUGUACGCGCAGCGGCGCCUGAAGCGCGUCGGCAUCUUCUGCAUCAGUCCUCAGAGGAUCAACAUGUGUGGUCAGCUUAACCUGGUUUGCUUUGAUAAGACUGGUACUCUCACUGAGGACGGCUUGGACCUGUGGGGUAUUCAGAGGGCUGAAAGAGGCAGCUUUUGUCCACCGGAGUCCGAGGCGGCGGAGAAAAGUCUGGUGAACACUGCUUUUGUUUCCUGCAUGGCAACGUGCCACUCGCUGACCAAGAUAGAGGGAGAGCUCUCCGGAGACCCGUUAGACCUCAAGAUGUUCGCUGCCACCGGCUGGGUAUUAGAAGAACCCACAGAGGAAGAAACUGCCAUCCAUAAUCAAUUAAUGCCCACAGUGGUUCAGCCUCCGAAGCACAUGGUGGCCGAGUCCAACCAGAACGGUCCACCUGCCCAGAACAUGUCUUGUGAGAUUGGCAUCGUGCGCCAGUUCCCGUUCUCCUCAGCGCUGCAGAGGAUGAGCGUGGUGGUCCGGAGAUUGGGGCAAAAACACAUGGACGCCUACCUGAAAGGGGCACCGGAGGUGGUGGCGAGCCUGUGCAAACCACACACGGUCCCACAGAGCUUCACAGAGACGCUGGAGAGCUACACCCGGCAGGGCUUCAGGGUGAUCGCGCUGGCACAUCGGCAGUUGGAGUCCAAGCUCUCAUGGCACAAAGUCCAGAGUCUCAGCAGGGAUCUAAUAGAGACCAACAUGGAGUUCCUUGGUUUGAUCAUCAUGCAAAACAAAAUCAAACAGGAGACCGCCGGCGUUUUAUGUGAAUUACGACAAGCCAAUAUCCGCACUUUGAUGGUCACAGGUGACAACAUACUGACAGCGAUUUCAGUGGCCCGAGACUGCGGGAUGGUCCGUCCACACGAGAGCGUCAUUACAGCAGAUGCGGUGCCUCCCACAGAUUUUCAUCCGGCUAGCGUUACGUGGCAUUACACCGACAACCCCACCAGGGUUGUCAAGGACGGUCAGACAGCAGAGAUAAACCUGGAGGAGGGAACAUAUCACUUUGCAUUGAGUGGCAGAACCUUUGCUGUUAUCACUGAACACUUUCCUCACCUGGUCCAGAAGCUCGUGUUAAAGGGGACCGUGUUCGCUCGCAUGGCUCCGGACCAGAAGACUCAGCUGGUGGAAAUCCUGCAGGGCAUCGAUUACAUUGUUGGGAUGUGUGGCGAUGGUGCUAAUGACUGCGGAGCUCUGAAAAGGGCUCACAGUGGGAUCUCUCUGUCUGAGCUGGAGGCGUCGGUGGCGUCGCCCUUCACCUCCUCCACCUCCAACAUUUCCUGCGUCCCCAACCUCAUCAGGGAGGGACGGGCCGCCCUCAUAACGUCCUUCUGUGUCUUCAAGUUCAUGGCUCUCUACAGCAUCAUCCAGUACAUCAGUGUCAUUCUGCUCUACUGGAUUCUCAGUAACUUGGGAGACUUCCAGUUUCUCUUCAUCGACAUCGUCAUCAUCCUCAUCAUUGCUUUUACAAUGAGUCUGAAUCCAGCGUGGGAUGAGCUGGUGUGCCGUCCGCCACCAUCCAGUCUGAUCUCUGGCCCGCUGCUCUGCUCAGUUCUGACCCAGAUCCUCACCUGCUUGGUCUUCCAGGUUCUGGUCUUCCUCUUGUUACAAAAACAAAGCUGGUACGAGACGUGGACGCCGCAGUCGGAUGCCUGCAAUGUCUCCAGAUCCAGUUUCUCUCACGGCCUCAAUGCGACGAGCCCCGUCGACCACAAAAACAUCAGGAACUACGAGAACACCACCCUCUUCUACGUCUCCUCCUUCCAGUAUCUGGCUGUGGCCAUCGUUUUCUCCAAAGGGAAGCCCUUCAGACAGCCGAGCUACAAGAACUGGCCUUUUAUGCUGUCCUGCAUUGGUUUAUAUUCUUUCCUCCUCUUCAUCAUGCUGCAUCCCGUCCCUGCCAUCGAUAGUUUCCUGGAGAUCGUCUGCGUUCCCCACGACUGGCGCGUCACGCUGGUCAUCAUUAUUAUAGUGAAUGGAGCCGUGUCUUUCCUGCUGGAGAUUUUGAUCCUUGACAUCUUCUUGUGGAGGCUUGAUUUCAGAGGAUAUCAGAGGGCGAAUAGCCCCCGCGAGUCCUCCUCUGCUGACACCGCUCAGGUGGCCAACGAUCGCUGGGGCUCAUCUUUCCUCUCCCGCCUGCUCUGCUGGAGAAAAGCUUCCUCCAGGGGGCUGUUCCGGCAGCUGGACCUGGAGCUGCAGGAAGACGCCGACUGGCCUCCCAAACCCUCCACCGUCACCUACGCCGGCGACCCGCCGUCCCACGUCUCCGCCCGCCUCUGAUCCCAGCCAGAACCAAACUACAGCAGAGACUAAACCCAAAACCCUCCGUAGGCCUGCGUGUCUAGUCGGCAUCGCAGAGCUGUUGGAUUUCAACAAACACACACAUACACAAAAAGGAAAACAAGGCUUCUGACAGGACUGACUUACCGACGCUGUGAACUGCACAAACCUGACGCCCUCAUUCAGGCGCCCUGCACAGGGCUUACAACUGGACUUUAGUUUAACGGGAGUCCGGGUUUAACUUAGCUCUGUGCAAAGGUAGAGUAAAAGCACCUGUAGACCUUGCUCAUUAACAUGUUCCACCAUACAGAAGGUUUCGUCUCCCUCGUGUCAGCGGACUUGGGGCUUGGCCGGUCGGUGGGUGCUUGAUGCUUCCUACUAAACUGCACAUUUCUUUUUAAUUUAACUCCUGAGAAUGAAAACAUGUUAACUCACGCCCAACAAUGUGACUAAAUGUUUUGUAACCGUGCCGGUAAUGUUUCAUCUUGACCCCGUGUUUGAAAUAUCUCAGAGAGAGUAAGGUGCUGCUUUAUUUUAAAGGCCUGACAAUGAACACGAGCACAGAUCCCCCACACACCUGCCUCUGUCACUUCAUUAUAGGAACUGCUGCUAUAACACGAAAGCUGUUGAACAGUAAUGGGGUUUAUAGGUUUGAAUAUUUGAGAGCUAAACUCGUGGAGUUUAUUAACAGGACUGAUGGUGUAUCUCUGAGACAGCGCUCCGUUUUCAACAUUUUAAGAGUCGUAGCUCUUGAAAUUCUUCCUGUGGAAGAGAAGCAGAACUUUCCAUUUCCAAUCUGUGUGUGUCUGUCUGUCUGUCUGUCUGUCUGUCUGUCUGUCUGUCUGUCUGUCUGCCUGUGUGUGUGAAAAAACAAAACAACCCCUCUCAGUUGCUCUGGAUGCUUUUAUAACUGUUGUCUCUAAAGCUACUAAAAUUGGCUUUAAUGAUUACAAAAUUUGACAUUAAUAAGUAACGGAUGAUUAAAGUUUUCUAUCAGAUUUUUGAUUAUCUCCACGAAACUAAGUUUAUUUUUGUAGUCCUUGUAUGUAGUGAAUCUAAUAUGUUUUUCUAAAUGAAAUCAAUGUGAAACUAUCUUCAUAUUACUGUAAAAUACGGCGGUAUCUUUAAAGAGGCACAAAGGACUUUUGUUUGUGAUGAAACAUGCAGCUUUCAAGGAAUAUUAGUUCCUUCGUUCUUAUCAAAUCUGUACAAACAUUUCAAUUUAAAGCGUUAACUGAAGCUGAAAGAGGACUAGUAGGUUUCUCUGGGAUGCCUGGUCACUUGGCCUG